GGUCACAGUGUUGGAGCGACAGCUGGUGCAGUGAGAGUGUUUUUUCUCUUUUCUUUUAAUGUGUAAUGGAGUCUGGUUUUCUCACUUUUAUUCUUGUUUCUUCCUUUGCGGUAUAUUCCUCUCACGUUGGCGUCACAGACUGGGACGAUGUUUUGGUAGCUAGAGAGGGAAUGCCUACCACCUUGUUCUGUACUGAUACAACAGUGAGGGGUGAUGUAGCCAUUAACUGGAAGGUGCAGUCACUUGGUGCAGAUGAAUGGAAACUGGUUCUCUCAGCCAACGAAAGGAAGGAGUUCUCAGGCGGUGCCUCAAAGGCAUCCAUGCGAUUGAUUGACCCUAACUUUCAAGACACCGGGGUUUUCUCUCUGUUCUUUCUUCCUAGUAUGGAGGACAGUGGUCUCUACUCAUGCUUGGUAAAGCAACAAGAGAGGAAACUGAAGGAGAGGAUUAUCCUCUUAGCUAUCCUUACAGUCACUGUUGUCCCCCCUGGACCAAUUCUUAAGCACAGCACCCUGCGGCUGAUUGCAAGUGUUACUCCUGACUUUGCCGCCACCAAGAUCACCUGGGCAGCACCUGGUGGCAUUUCAUUGAAGAGCGAGAGAAAGCCCAAAACAGGCACAGUAGCCAAACUGCCACAGGUCCAGAUUGCUGACAACGGGGCCUAUACCUGCAUGGUUCACCCACAGGGUAACAGCAGCAGCUCUCUUUUCAACUUCAAUGUGGACGUGACUAUUGAUGAUGACAAUGUGGCCUCAUUCCCCAAUGUAACGGAUGGCCUUUUAAUCUCCACCGCCACUCAGGCUCAGACAUCCUUCACCCUUACCUGUCCUGUUGUCCCGGGGGACUACGUCAGGUUGUACUGGCAACCUCCAGACAACAAGAAGAAUAAUAAUAUGAAGUUGGUGUACCACUAUGACCGGUGGAGGGGUUCCACCUUGUUGACUGAGCAAAGCAAGAGACUCCAGCUUUCCGGUCCACCCUACAACGCAGAGGCUGGGAGCUUCUCCUUUCUACUCACACCUGGGUUGAAAGAUGGUGGCCUCUACAUCUGUAAUGUGUACCUCAAUGAAAACUCCUUCAGCCAGAGUACCCAGCUCAGCGUGCUGAAAGUUAAAACCAGCCACUCUUCCUCAAAGCUGGAGUUGGGGUGCCUGUACUCAGAACGGUCCCAGGUCCAAAGUGCCAAUUGGAAAUACCAGAAUAAGAGUCGCCAGCUGAAAUUGUUAAGCAACGGCCCUGGCAGCAUCUCCACGAUUCUGCCCAUACCCAUCACCUCUGACACAGCUGGAAACUACACCUGCACCUUACAGCUAAAAAAUGGGCAGACCGUCUGGGCAACUCAAACUGUCACACUGCCGCAUGAAGAGAGUGUCAGUGUGACCACCCCCUCCCUGCUCCCUUCUCUCUCUGCUUUAUUACUCCUGGUGCCCCUGGUUGCUGCGGCUGUCUGUGUGUUGCUAUGGAGACAGAAACACAUUUCUGAACGCGGUAUUGAGCAGUCCCUGUCUGUCCAAUCAGGUGAAGCAGAAAACAUUUAUGAGAAUCCUGAGGAUUACAGACAGGCUCCUCCCGAGGGCUCAGUAUACAUGGAUUUGAAGCCGAGAGGAGAGGAUGAUGUCUAUAAGGAACUGGAGCGAUCCGAACAGUGUCAGAGCUGAUCACCUACCCACAUCUCAUCCUCAUCCAGCUGUCAUAUCCGCUCAGUUCCCAGCUGUAGCAGAAGGCCUUUAUAAACAAAAGUAACAACUGAAUGUCAGAGUUGGGAUGUGAAGAACUUCAAUGCUUCAGGGAAAAUGCAACUCUAUUGUUUUUAUUGUUUUUGCUUUUUGCAUUAUAAGCUAUUGCUCUACUACUUUUAUUAAGUAGUUUAUUAUUGUCAUGUUUUGGAGCUGCACAUGGUGGAGAAGGGGAAAGAUUUUCACACAAGCCUCUCUAAACCUAGUAUCAAAUGUGUGUAAGUUAAUAUGUUAUAUUGUCCUUUUCACUGGUUUUCUUAACACUUAUUUUCUUAAACAUUUGGUAUUGUACCGGUUGUCUUGUACCUUUCUGUAUUUAAAUACAAACACUUCUAAAUAAACAUUGUUAUCUUAUAAUGCUGCUGCCUGUCACAUUCUUUCCCAAAAACUUUCUGAGCGCUUUCGCUUUUUUUGAGACUUUCUGAUCAGUGCG